AUGCUGGCACUACUAGUGGGAGUUCUCGCUGCCACAACCGCCCUAGCAGCCUCGACGACAAUCACGCUCGACUCGUACGCUGCACAACUCGACUACCGCCCCGACUCGACCAACCGGACCAACGCCGGCUCGUCGUGGAACGCAUCGUUUACCGGGUUUCCUUGGUCUGAGAGAGUCGGUGGUAUCCGCGGUGGUCAAGUCGGUACUGGAGUCGGAUACCACUGGAUUCGGGGCGACGCGAAUCCAAACGCAGUGGUAAACUAUGAGUUUUACGGAACCGGCAUCCAGUUUUAUGGGUACUUUGGUUACCUCGACACUGGCGACGGGAGUGGGAACGCCUCAGACUCAGAUUCGGGCUCGGCGACGAUUAGUAUCGCUGGCAAAAGACAGGCGAACCAGCAAGACGUCGAAACGACGGGGACGUUGGGAUCAAAGGCGAUUUCGCUGGGCGCAUUCAAGGAUCUUCCGCUUGGGCGGUAUCAGGCGACUUUGCGGCCGACUGCGGGGGUUAUUAGUUUCACCCAUCUAGUCGUGAACAUGGAAGUUGGAGGGAGGGCGGACCAGGUCGCGCAAGCGCUGGCCAACCCCCACACCUUUCAUCCCUACGUUUUGAAUGCGGAUAACUCGCUUUCUCCCGAUCCGAAAUUCGGCAUCUUCAAGGGCGACGAUGGCGGGGCGGGUGGGUGGGGAGGCCAACAGAGUAACGAUAACCGCCGCGUUGGAACAAAAGGCUUUCGCGAUAGUGUCGAGAUAUCGCUCGGCGUCGGUAACAGUUUCGUCGCCAUCAACGGAACGAGUAAUAUCAACCACGGCAUGGUCCGGGUUGUACUCGACCCGGCUCCACCUAAUGGUGACCUCGAAACAAAUGUAUGGGCUUGCACGACGUGGCAAGUCCUCCAGACGACACUAUUCGCCGUUGGCCUAGACCCCGACACAGAAUACAAGCUCACUGUGUCGAAUAUGCAGGAUCAAGGACAGCAAGACGACAAACUCGCUUGGCUUGACAUCACCUCCUUGACGCUCUGGAAAGUACCUACGACAGCCAAGGCCAAGGCGAAUAAUGUCAUUGGCGGGAACCCCGGCUCGAGCUCGAGCUCGAGCAAGCAGAGCGUGCCCCUCGGCGCUAUUAUUGGCGCUGUCGUUGGCGGCGUCGUCCUCCUCGCUGCUAUUGGGUUGGCGAUCUGGUUCUUCCGUCGCAAAAAGUCUCAGUCAAAGUCAACCCGCGCCCAGUCGUACCACGACCAAGAGUAUGACGCCACGCCCUUUGUCAUCGACCGGGAGGAUCCCCCCGCGCAGAUGCAUCCCCAGAUGACGCAUCUGCACCCUCACGGCACGCUCUCAGGUAGCGACCUGAGGAGUUCGAUGAGCACGCACCAUAUGUCGUGGUCUGACUCGUCGUCAAGUGUUCCUGGCGCGUAUGCGGGCAGCCUUGCAGGCCUUGCAGCAGGCAUGAUGCCUCCCGGUGUCAGUAGUCGUGCGCCCGCCAAACUCGGCCCUCAACCAGAGCCAGCUCAUCAUCUCGCCACGGAUGCGGGAUCGCUUGGAAUCGGAGACGCUACGCCAGUCGGAGAGAUGCCGCCAACAUUUGACCACUCCUGGGUUGGGUCGACUGCUUCGGGGUCGGUAGGGGCGCCCGAGGGCACGCUCACACCGGGAGGGUCGUUGGCACGCCAGAGCGCGUAUUCCGACAUGAAGGGCAACUUGAUGGCUCUCUAG